CACUUUUAUCCGUUGACUGAUGGGGGUCACAACACGGGGCCCCGCAUAAUAUCUAUCUGACACCACGAAGGAUCUAGCUCUCUAAACUUGUUUAAACUCGUCAUACUAACCACAUAUCUGAAGCUCUUGGGUAACAGAUCUACGGAGGCGUAACUGCCUAAUCUAAGUGCCUAUUUCCCCCCAGAUAACCCGCUCCACAAGGCUUAGCCACCAUAAAGCCGUUUCGUCGGACCGCUGUCAGAGAUUCUUUAAAAUGGAAGCUCCCUUCCCCUCUUAUCUGCGAUCACCACGGCAUCAUCCCCAGAUUUGCUCUCCGGAACCGACUAGCAAAACAAAGGGCCCAACAUGCGCUUCUCCCCAACGACCCUCGCCGUAUCGGCCACCCUGGCCAGCCUCGCCAGUGCGCUCUCCUCCUCCCUUCAGCAGGUCACAGCCUUCAACGAUGGACCUACUAAAGCCGGCAUGUACGUUUACGUGCCGAGCGGCGUGUCCGGACCUGCGCCCAUCAUAGUAGCAAUCCACUACUGCACCGGCACUGCCAAUGCCUACUUCAGCAACACCCAAUACGCCAAUCUAGCUGACACCCACGGCUUCAUCGUGAUCUACCCCAACGCGCCCUCCUCCGGCGGCUGCUGGGACGUCGCCUCGACUGCCUCGCUCACCCACAAUGGUGGCGGUGACAGCUUGACUAUCGUCAACAUGGUUAAGUACGCUGUGGCCAACUUCGGCGGUGAUGCGGACCGCGUGUACGCCACCGGCUCCAGCUCUGGCGCUAUGAUGACCAAUGUCCUUGCCGGCGCCUACCCGGAUGUCUUCAAGGCCGGAUCUUCCUACUCGGGCGUUCCGGAUGGAUGCUUCUACGUUGCAGGCGCGCAGCCGGGCCAGGAUACCCCAGGCUGGAACAGCCAGUGCUCGGGCGGCACCUUGAUCAAGUCCGCGCAGGAGUGGGGUGACCAGGUUCGCAGCUACUACCCAGGAUACACCGGGUCGUACCCCAAGAUGUUGAUCUGGCACGGAACUGCUGACACCACGCUUGCUUACCCCAACUACGCCGAAGCUCUGAAGCAGUGGUCCAAUGUUCUGGGCGUCUCGCAGACGGCGACGAACCAGAACACCCCCGAUGCUGGCUACACGCAGUCGGUUUAUGGUACUACGCUUGUUGGAUACUCUGGCCAGGGCGUGGGACACACUGUUCCUGUCCAUGAGGCGGUCGACCUUGCUUGGUUUGGCAUUGCUUAGGUCGGGGGUGAUGGAGCCGAAAAGCUAUCUGUGCAUAUGUAUACAGCGUACAUAUUGAUGGGAAUUAAGCAGCCAUAGGCAACCUAUGGACUGUCUUGUUUUACAUAACCAGGUUAACUUGCUUAUUUUAAUGAGGUCGAUUUUAUACAACAUGCGCUUUAGUAUAUCUCUCCGUAUAAAAUCUAUUACUUCGAAGUAGAUACGCGCAAAUACUAUGCGAUAACUCGAUGGCAUUGAACUCGGCGGCAUUAAACCCGAUAGGGCAUUGUCCUCGAUACGGCAUUAACCUCGAUACGGGGUUGGCCUCGAUACGGUGCCAUUAACUCGAUACGACAUUGAACCUAGCAUAAGCCUCUUAAACAAAACCCAUCAGACGACUUCUGGUCUUGUAGUAGAACACGUCCGGUCAUGCGGAACACAUCUGGUUUUCAGAACACGUCUAGCUUUGCAGAACAUGUUCGGCCUUUACUAAGGAAUGUACUCUUAGCCCUGCGAAGGAAGGUGCGUUUGGCACUGCGGAGGAAAGUGCAUUCGGCCAUGUAAACAAAGUGCGUUUGACCUUGCGAAGGCAGCCACGUUUGGCAUUGCGAAGGAAGGUGCGUUUGGCAUCGCAUAAAUCGCGUCUGGCCUUGCAGGACACGUUUAGUCUUGCAAAGGCGCGACUCGCAUGUCGAACUCAACAUGUCGACCGAACAGGUCUUUGGGUUUUUGCGCAAAUUCGCAAGGUUUUAGACAGAUAUGCGCGCGUCGUUUCGCGGAGCCUCGCGGAGCAGUUGUCGUCUUGUAGGGAAGGGCCUUAGUUCCGCGAGGCAGUGUUUAGUGUUUGGCUCCUGAGGAUGCAUAUACCAUAAAUAGGGGUAAGGGGUUAGUCAGUAGUGGCUUGCAACACAAUAUUCACGCUUCACAUCACCGCACUGCAUGUUUGUGGCACAAUUUGAUGG